CUCCGUGCGUGCGCGCUCUAGAGGCUGCCGUCGGCGCGUGCGUGAGAAAGGCUCAGUGCUCCGAGGCGCGCGUCUCUGUGUUUGUGUAGUUUGUGUAGUUUGUGUAGUUUGUGUUGGUCAUCAGCACAGAAGCGGCUUAAAUGUAGAAGCGGCGCAGGAUGGCGGAUCUCUCUCUGCUGCAGGACUCGCAGGAGGACACGGACGGAUUGCUGGAUUUCGUGUCUCAGGAUGAGAUGUUGACUCCUCUGGGCCGACUGGACAAGUACAUCAGCAGCGAGAACGUCUUCAACAGGCAGAUGGUGGCCCGCAGUCUUCUGGACACGCUCCGAGCCGUCAGCGAGGAUGAGCGCGAGUGUGUGUCUGUGCUGGAGCGGAUCGACAGACUCGCAGACGACUCGGAGCCGACGGUUCGAGCGGAGCUCAUGGAGCAAAUCCCACACAUCGCCAUCUUCUGUCAGGAGAACAGACCUUCCAUUCCCUUCGCCUUCUCCAAGUUCCUGCUUCCCAUCGUGGUGCGAUACCUGUCCGACCAGAACAACCUGGUGCGUAAGACGAGUCAGGCGGCGCUGCUGGUUCUGCUGGAGCAGGAGCUGAUGGAGCGAGGAGACGUGGAGAGCCUGGUGUGUCCGGUGCUGGUGGACCUGACCGCUCCCGACAGCAGCGACGACGUCAAGACCGAAGCCAUGGCGAUUAUUUGUAAAAUGGCUCCGAUGGUGGGGAAGGACGUCACCGAGCGGCUCUUUCUGCCGCGCUUCUGCGAGAUGUGCUGCGACUGCAGGAUGUUCCACGUGCGCAAGGUUUGUGCGGCGAACUUCGGAGACGUCUGCAGUGUGGUCGGCGGAGAGGCGACGGAGGAGCUGCUGCUGCCGCGCUUCUUCCAGCUGUGCUCUGAUAACGUGUGGGGCGUGAGGAAGGCCUGCGCCGAGUGCUUCAUGACCGUCUCCUCGGCCUCGUCUCCAGACGUGCGGCGCAGCAAACUCUCGUCUCUGUUCAUCAGUCUGAUCAGCGACCCGUCGCGCUGGGUGCGUCAGGCUGCGUUUCAGUCGCUCGGGCCGUUCAUCUCCACCUUCGCCAGCCCCAGCAGUAACACGGCUCAGUGCUUCCGAGACGAGCGCAGCUCUAACGCAGACGCCGCUGAUGGAGGAGAGCAGACGGCCGAGAGACUGAGCGCAGACGAGUCCUGCUGCCUUCCUUCAUCAGACGAGAUCCCGGAGCAGGAGCUCUUCAACUCCUUCCACUACUGGAGGACCCCCAUCCCUCAGAUCCAGCUGGAGCUGCUGCAGGAGGAGGACAGGCGGCCCUCGGCCCCGGCCCCGGCCCCGGCCCCGGCGCUGGGCAGAACACAGCUGCAGGAGCUCAUCGAGAACCUGGAGCCACACACCGACGACCCCGACGUCAAAGCACAAGUGGAUGUUCUGACGGCUGCUCUGAGAGCCACGGCGCUGGACUCUGGACUGGAAGAUGCUUUCCUGGAGCCUCGAGCCGCUCGAUCAAACCCCUUCAGCUCCCAGCAGCCCUCAGAACACCUGUCAGCCGACACACAGAGGCGUGAUUCCUCUCUACAUGUGACGCGUGACGACGAUGAUUCUGACGUGAGCGACUGCUGCCUGAAUCCUGAAGACCAGAGAAAAUCCAAACAGCAGGUCAGUGCCACAUCACUGUCUCAAUCUAUCUCAAUCCCAUCAUGCAUUGCUCUGACCCUCUCAUUCCCAUCAUGCAUUGCUCUGGACAUGGAGAUCGCGAGGCACUGUGCGUUCAGUCUGCCGGGCGUAGCACUGACUCUGGGACGACAGAACUGGCACUGCCUGCGGGACACGUACGAGACGCUGGCCUCCGACAUGCAGUGGAAGGUGCGGCGGACGCUGGCGUUCUCCAUCCAUGAGCUGGCUCUGAUUCUGGGGGAUCAGCUGACCGCUGCUCAUCUGGUGCCCGUCUUCAACAGCUUCCUGAAGGACCUGGACGAGGUUCGCAUCGGCGUCCUCAAGCAUCUCUACGACUUCCUCAAGCUGCUGCAUCAGGACACUCGGAGGAAGUAUCUGUAUCAGCUGCAGGAGUUCCUGGUGACGGAUAACAGUCGUAACUGGAGGUUUCGUUCCGAGCUGGCUGAGCAGCUGGUGCUGCUGCUGGAGCUGUACAGCGCUCAGGACGUCCAUGAUUAUCUGCGGCCGCUGGCGCUCUGUCUCUGUACUGACCGCGUGUCGUCUGUGCGCUGGACGUCCUACAGACUGGUACUGACACAAACACUCCGCCUGCUUGCUCACUUGCUUUAUUUUUCUCAGGUAGCGCUGGAGCACACACUCGUGGCGCUGCAGACAGACGUGGAUAAAGACGUCAAGUACUUCUCCAGCGUUCACCCCAGCAGCACGCGUCUGAACGAGGACGCCAUGAGCAGCACGUCCUCCACCUACUGA